AUGCGGCGGGAGAUGGAGUUUCUGUACACUCGAAAUAUUCAAGUCCUUAAUGAAGCAAAUCAACAGCAGUCGACAAGGCCUGGGAAGUCCAGUCCUGUUCAGGUGGAACCAGAAAAAGACCUGGACAACUAUAAAGAGAAGCAGAAACAAGCAAUGCAUAAGCUCGAGCAGCAGCUUAAGAAACAGGACAAAAAAUGGGCAGCCAGGUUGGAGGAUGUAAAGGAUCAGCAUAAAUUAGAGAAAAAUAAGUUACUAAACGAGCUCAACAGAAUGCAGAUCACAGUGGCUGAGCAUCAGGACCACAAUCACAGGCUCCGGCAGGACCUGAGCCAAAAGCUGCAAGAGAAGGAACAAACCAUCAAGAGCCAGAGGGAGCAGCUGCAGCGGAAAGCCUCUAGCCCACCUGCCAAAAUUAUUGAAACACAAGUUCUUCACACAUCUGCAGCUCCAGAGCCUAAACAGAGGAGAGUUGUUCUUGAGGAGCCUCCCUCUGCUCCUGUACUGGACCCUAUACAGGAGCUGUCAGACGAGGACAGAGAAUCCAGUGUUUCUGAAGCAAGGCCUGUGAAGAAAAUUCAAGUCCCACCACCGCCGCAGAAGAAAAAGCGGACAGCUCUCAAAGCACUGAGAAAAAACCCCAACCUCAGAAGAGAGAUGAGGCCUGAGGUAGAGAAGAAUGUCAUGAGAAAGCUGCAGAGCUAUGGAGUCAAACCUAAUCAGAGUGGGCUUAAACUCAGAGAGAUGGAGUCCAUACUUGUCAAGGUGCGUGCGGAACGAAAGAGGGAGUCCCAAGAGCUUCCUGAUUACUGGUCUUAUCGCCAGGAAAUUAGUGACACUGUGCAUGAAAAACUGGGAGUCCCGAAGAAGAACCACGAUCAGAAGAAUAAGAAACUCAUGCAAGUGUUGCAGAUCCACCCUCGAUCAAAUAGCCUGCCCUCCAGAGCGCCAAAUGUGGUGUCGGUAUCAUCAGAGCGGCUGUCCAAAACUCCACAGGCUGCUCCGAGGUCCAAGAGCAUGGCACCAAAGACCUCAACACCUAAGGACAAGACCCCUUGGAUGAGCAACUCUUCCAUGACGCCUCCUUUCAGCUCAGACGAAGAAUCCGAAGACGAGGAGACCGACUCUGAGGAAGCGCAUCAGCUGGACCAGAGGAAUAAAGUCAGUUUGGUUCAAAACAGAAGCGUUCUAACCAAACAAGCCUCAGUCACCUCCAUAAACAGCCUGCAGUCCAGAGCGCCGUCGGCAGGUGUCACCAAGAUGGACAGUGAAGACGAGGACGACUGGUCUGAGGUCAGCGAGCUCCAGGAGAUCGAUCCGAAAGAGCUGCCGACUUUCAAAGACCAGAAUGGAAACGUGGAGAAGAAGAGCGUCGGUAAAGAGAAUAAAAUUGUUGAAAUAAGCAAAAAAAUUGAAAAGCAAUUCACGGAAAGGUUGGGAAAGAAACCAGCAGGGGGCAUUAGCAUUUUGGCUGAGAGGAAAGAUGAAGUCCAGGAACUUUCAUGCACGGAUCUAGACGAGAGCAACGAGUGGGUUUCGUCGUUAGAAGAGAAAGUGUCUAAACCGGUGUACACCUCUGUGCCACUGAGGAGGAGCCUGGACUCGGCCAGCACCAGUGUGUGGGGUACCUCCACCGGGAAGGGACCCAAGUCGAGCCAAUCCCAGGGUUUGACUGAAGCAAAACAGCGGUGGAGCCAGGGUUACUCUGGAGGCAGGGGCCAUGUAUGUGCGUAUGCUGCGGCGGCCGGUCACAUAAGUCCCGUACACUCUGCGCUGGCUCAGGCAACUGUGCAUUUCAUCCCAAUGAGAGUCAGGACACCGCCAAAGAAUCCAGUGAUGACAGCGCAGACGGCCAGAGCUCUGCAGGCGUGUAAAGCUAACAUGGAGGGGUAUUCCUUGCAGUCCGAGACCCCAGUAGUGUCCGAUACACAGUCCUUCCACAGAUUAGAGUAG